AAUGGAGCCAACCAAUUGGAGAACAUAAAAGGGAAGCCAAUAAUCGAGGUGUUUCUGCAAGGCAUUAUCCUUCUGUGUUAAAAUAAUUGAAAAUACGUUAAUUUUUCCUUUUAUUGAAGUUUGUACAAGUACUCAAGGUGAAAUUGAUUGUGGCUACGUGGUGUAGGAUAAGGCAGUUCUGCAAUUCAUUAUGGAUUCUGACAGCUCCUUGGAUGGAGAUUUUGAGACUAAACACGAGGUAGCUGCUCGGUCUAGGAGAGAUGAUGAUGAUGAUGCAUCAGCAGCCAUGUCUGCUAAGUCAGAAAUGGGAGAUGGGAGUGGAGACGAAAGUGGCGAGUCUGUUGAUGGUGAUAGGGACUCUAGUUCUAUAAGGUCUCUACCUCCCACAGAUAGGGAUUCUAGUCCUGUAAGAUAUUCACCCCCACUUGACAGGGACUCUAGUCCUAUCCAGUCCCCACCUCCUGCAGAGAAGGGUGAAUUAUCCCCUAAGUCCAGCAAUGAGUUGUCUGGUAGUGAAAGUGACAGUAUAUCUUCAGCUUCUUCAAUUGCAUCCAAUGGGCAUCCAAUUUACCCUCCUGUGGCUCCUGGCCAAGAAGAUGAAAUUUCAGUUGUGGAAGAGAGGGAAAAGGAAGAAAAUGGACCAAGUUCUCCAGUGGAGGUUGAGAAAAUAUCUGAUAAGGUAGUAAAGAAAGAUGAGAUUCCAGGCCAUGGGGAGGAUCUGUCUGAUGUGUCAGACUUAGACAGUAAUGAUGGUCGGGAUAGUCUGGAUGCAGUUUCAGAUGAAGAGAGGGAGAAGAAGAAGUUACCUCAGGGGGAAUGGAAGGGGGGUGUGAGUACUGCAGCAGUAGAGGAGAUGGAACAACUAGACUUUGAGGCAGAAGAGCAGGUAGACAAAGAUGAGAAGGAGGAAGGGGAGUGUGAGGGGGGAGGGGACAAGAGUGAGGAUGAUGGGGAACUUAAAGGUGAUGAUCUUGAAGAGGGGGAACUAACAGAUGAGGAGGAGAACCGGCCUGAAGAGACUGAACCACGACCUGUGUGCCGUUUCUACAACCGUGGGCAGUGCACAUGGGGUUCCAGCUGUAGGUUUGUGCAUCCUGGGGUCACAGAUAAAGGCAACUAUACAAUGUUUGACAUGGUGAGGCCCCUUGUUCCAGUCCCUGUAGGGGUGUCAUACCAGGGACCCAGAAAAGAGGAGACACCUGUGUUUGAGUCAGCAUGGGAACGAGGACUGAGGCAAGCAAAGGAGAUGAUGCGGAAAUCCACAAAGCGGAAAGAGACAGACAUGGACUUUGAGGAGAAGAAAAUGAAUCUGAGUCUUGGGCAGGAGGAGCUGGACAAAGAGAAUGAUUACUACACACGGCCAGCCAGCCCCAUUUUGAAGGAUGAGCCUGAAAGGUGGGGGUCGAAGCUACUGGAAUCUGAGGGAAAGUAUCACCAUGAGGAUAGCCUUCUUGCUGAUCGUUAUGAUGAUUUCCCUGAAUCUCCAUCUGCAUACUACCAUCAAUCUUCAAGAGGAGGAGGUGACUACUGGCGCCGAGUCCACUAUGAACCAGGAGAUUCGCGAGCCAUGAGGAUUGAGACUGACUAUGCAAGCAACACUCGAAAAUACCAUUCACAUCAGCACAGGGCUCCACCAGCUGAAUAUUAUGAGAAGAAGAAGAAGUCAUCGCAUCCAGUCAGGGAAGUUAUUAUGCAGCGCACUGAGAAGCCAUGGAAGGAUGAGAGAUAUUCUGAGGUGUCUGUGCCAAGUCACAGAGGCCGUGGUGAUGAGUGGGCUGACCCGUGGAUGCGGUCUAAGUCUCCAUCUGGACGGAAAACAGGCUCUGGAUCGCGUCCUUCACGACGCCAGUCCUACUCAUCUGGCUCAUCAUAUUCGACAUCCAGCUCAAGUCGCAGCUCUAGCCAAUCCAGCUACAGUUCUUACAGUCAUGACUCACGCUCUAGGUCCCGUUCCAAAUCCCUGUCCCAUUCCCGUUCACGCUCCAGUUCACGCACUCCCUUAACACGAUCACGUCGAAAGAUGAAUCGGCCUCUUGUCCCCACUGCCAGAGCUGCAGAUGCAUUGUCACCUAGCUUCCAGCCUGUGUCACCUCGCAAGAUCAUUAAGCAGCCGGUUGAUACACGUGCUUUUUCUAAAGCCAGUUUGAUUCAGUCAGAGAAGAAAGCAGCCAGUGAACGAGCACUUCUCAUGAAUCCACCAGCUCCCAGUCCACGCAAACAGAAAGAAAUUCGACCCCCAUCUCCUGGAAUGAUGAGAAAGUCUGCACAGAAUCCACCACCACCACCACCACCACCACCUCCACCUCCUCCUUCAAAUUCAAGGGCGAAACUGAACCUAGAACGUUCUAAAGCUGCUGUAAUGGCUGCAGCUCUGUCUGCCAAGGUGAAGCUUCGGUCCCAGUCCAAGUCAUCACGGUCAUCAUCAGGGUCUGACUCUAGUGGUUCCAGUAGCGACUCUUCAGAAUCAACUUAUACGUCCUCUUCCAGCAGUCGGGAACCAUCACCUAAAGCUGUGCGACCUCCUAAAAGAAUAGUAAUAGAUGAGAGGGAAAGAUUAGCACUAGCACAGUCCUUAAAGGUGAAGGCAAUGGAUGCACUGAAGCUCUCUGGACAGAAGCAGCAGAUCAAGUUGACACUGAAAGCACCAGGUUCCACUGUGGUCCCUCUCAGUAAUAAGCGGCAAGUCACUGGGUUACCAGAAUUGCCAGAACUGAAUCUUGUAAGGAGAGAACGCAUAGCACCACCUGUAGUUUUGGGCAAGAAAAGACCAGCUGAAGAUCCCCCACCUUUGGAGCCCUUGUUGGCUAACAAGGUAGCUGCUAUGACAAAGCCAGUGGCAAAGAAAGCAACAUCAAGGAGGGAAGAACUGUUGAAACAACUGAAAGCUGUAGAAGAUGCAAUUGCACGCAAGAGGUCUAAGAUAUAACGGUGCUUCUCCUAAAGAAUUAUACUGUUACAAGAGAAAUGCAGUCAGUGAGAUGAAACAAAGGACAGCAACUUUCAGUAUUUUUAUGUACACAUACUUCAUUCCAGAACAGACACAGUGUGGACAGCACAUUUUGAGUUUUGUAGUUAUUGAAUAUGAUAGUCUGUAUAUUGUAGAAAUGCUGAGUUAAUUACAUUAGCAAGUGAGUGACAUGUCCCAGA